UAGCAUCUGCCAUAUUGAAAGGAAUCCCCCGCGUGCAGACAAAAAUAGAAUUUGAGGAAAUCCGCACACAUUUUAGUGACGUCAGGGGAGGUUGGUGUACAAGAUGGCGGCAGUCGGGUGUACGGAGGAUAAUAGUUCAAUGGACAGCGAGGAUAAGACUGAAAAUGGCUCGCUGAACAUUGCCGAAGUCUGCAAGAAAAAUGGUGUCAACCACUCGCUCAACUCUGCUCCAGUUCUAGACGUCAAAGCGACCAAGUCAAAGAAAGUUGUCAGGAUAAACGGGACUGGUAAAUUCUCGAUUGCCACUCCAUCCAUUCCCUCGCUGCGCUCACGUCGUGAUCGACUUGUUCCCGACUUGUGGAAAAAGACAAAAAAAGUGACCGUACUGGACAGUAAAGAUGGGAACUUUUAUGAUAAGCUUGGUAAAACAAAUUGUGCUGUGAAAAGUGAGCCUGUGAAGAACUCUAGCCAGGAGAAAAGCAGUGGUGUUGUUGGUUCAGGAACCUGUUGCCAGCUUUUGUCUAAUAAAAAAGUGGUGUCAGAGUGUUGUACCAAAAACCAGAAUGGAACCAGUGGGAGAACAAGCAGUUGUACACCAACCUCCAGUUGUGCCAGUGACACUAAAACUAGCUGCACUAGUAACACCAAAACCAGCAGCUGCACUAGUAACCCCAAAACCAACAGCUGCACUAGUGACACCAAAACCCACAGCUGCACUAGUGACACCAAAACUAGCUACACUAGUAACACCAAAACCAAUUGCACUAGUGACACCAAGUCCAGCAGCUGCACAAGUGACACCAAAUCCAGCUCUGCUAGCGGAAGUAGUACUGCUGUCAAGACUGAAAAUGGCAUUGGACUCGGCAUUAGUAAAAGUGGCAGUCUACCCUGCGGUCCUCUGUCUAUAGCAAGUGGCAUAGAGUGUAGGUUGAAUGCACGAGUGCCGUGUCAUAACAGUAAUGGUAUAAACUUUGUAUUCCGCCAUCAGUCACCGACCGCUCUCACCUCAUCACCUCUGGCCAGUCUCUGGCGCACGAACAGCUCUGAGUUGACCACGCCAGACACCUCCCGCUCGUCGACCCCGCUGCCCUUGUUUGGGGGCUUGUCACCAUUCUGUGUGGGCCCUGGGGGUGGGGAUGACAUCAAAACCCAGGAGAAGGUGGAAGAGAAACCUGUGCUAAUAGAGUGUAAGUGGAGUAAGUGUGGGGCGAGUCUGGACCCUGCCACUCUUAUGGACCACAUCAAACAGACUCACGUGGAGUCUCAGACAGGUAAUGAAACGUUUGUCUGUCUCUGGGAGAAAUGCAAAGUGUACAACAAGACCUCAUGCUCCUUGUCCUGGCUGGACCGCCAUAUCUUGUGCCACAGCGGUAACAAACCGUUCAGGUGCAUUGUGGAAGGCUGUGAUCUUCGCUUCCCCUCUCAGCACACCCUGGAGCGACAUGUGAACAACCAUUUCAAUACCCAGCCGCCCCCUAGUGCCCGCGCAGUUCGCUCCAGAGAUGACACGCCCACCAAAAUCUGCAGGAAGAAGAGAUUGAAGAGGAAACGACCAGCACAAGUAAAAACUGGGGACUUCUUUGACUCGGGAAUGAUGGAUAUCAUACGUCAGGAUAUGAUCAAAUUAACAAAGAAGACUCAAAUAGACGUCAAUUCAGGCAGCAACUCAGUCACAUUCCAAAGUACUGUAAUCGGUCGAAGGACAGACGAGUCCGGCAAAACACAUCUUCUGUUACAUUAUACUCCUGAAGAUGUACUGCCAGAUUCUUGGAUUCCUGAAUCUCAGGUCGAUAAAUCUGGGGUUCAAAGCAUUCCUAUAUCCAAUCUACCUCGUGACUCGGUUCUUAAUUUGGACCAAUCACUGUACAGGACUCACAGGUUUAGAAAACAUCGGCGCAAAUGACUACUGCUCAGAGGGAGACGCAUCAGACCAAUCAAUGUUAAUGUGAAAGGAAUGCAUACUAGAAAUUGGUGUAAGACCACACCGAUAUGGAUAUUGCGCUAUUCUUUGUGGAACAUGAAAGCCAAUCAAGGCACCACUGCAGGGAAUCUUCUUAUUUUACAUGAUCAUUACAUGAUAUCUAUCUCACGUAUGCAGCUCCAUGGAUACUUGAACAACGGAGCUGUUUUGUAUAUCAUAUGGAAUGAUAUUUAUUGUCUAGGUCAUCCGCCAAAAACCAUUUUCUGGUUUGGAGACAUAAGAAAAAUAACACAUAAUAGAUCUAUGCCAUUGGAAGAGAAUUAAAGCUCUUGUGAUUUUGUGCAGUGUUGGAAGCCAAGGUGAAAUAUUACAUUGAACAGUCUACGCAAAUGUGGUUGUUGACAUCAGGGGGUCUCAGAUUUUACUUCCCUUUCUCCAGCAGAAGUUCUUGAGAUUCAAAUAGUGGUUCAUUUUCAGUUGAAGAAAAAUCCAAUCAGUAGUGGCUUAUUGGAUGCCAUCAGCCACUCUGGUGUGUUUUGUUUCAUGAGCUGUAAAUGACUCAGUCCGGAAUCCUCUGUGGAGUACUGCGUCCUUAUUUGUGUAAACCUUCCUUGAUUAUGCAGAUAGUGAAACAUUGAAUUCGCCCUAACAUAUAUGUUAUAAAAUGAGGGCAGGUGUCAUCAGUGUUUCCUGGGGUUUGAUAUGUGUAUUUGAAUAUGUUUUUUUUGUGAUCUCAAGAAAGCCAGGAGUAGAGUAUGGAGAUGUUCUUGUAUAAUUAUUGUAAAAUCACAUUCAAGAGUCAAGACUGGCCAUACUUGCUGUUUUUGAAAGAAUUGCUGUAGGUCCAUCAAAAUUGUUAUUCACACAAAGUAACCAUCAAAUGAUGUUAGUAUUUUGUCAGUGUGUUGAUGAGCCAUCCCAUUCCUUGUUAAUAUCAGCCCUCUUAUACUCUAUGCUUGUCCAGGCAUACAGACUUACUUUCUAUACAUGCAUGCCAGCACUGCCCAUGCAUAUGUAGCAUAGGUGAAUAUCGUCCUGUGCCAUAUAUUUUCCUAAACAUGCAGCUACCCAGCUGAAGUGACCUUAAUAACCAUCUAGUUGAUUGGUGGAAUCAUCAUUUCGUUUGACCAAUCAGGAUUUACGACUGUUAUCACUGCCAGCAACUGCAUACAUCGAUGUACAUGUUUGUUUUCUUAUCUGAACAUGCACUUUGAAAAUCCAUGUGUACAUGUACAUACAUAUACAUGCCCUUACAGGUUCAUACCAUUUCUCUGUCAUACCUGUACUAUUUCUCUGUCACAUCAAGAAAACCAUACACAGUGGAAGAUAACAGCAAACGCUGUAUGUGUAGGCUUGUGUUACAGACAAAAGCUGUUCAUGGAGAGUUGAAACAUAGAACUGGAUUUUUAGCUCUGGUAACUUCUUUUACCUUUGUGUGCAUGUACCUGUAAAUUCCUAAAAGCGAGUCCUUAAAGAUGAAAGUAUGCUUAGAAAACUAAGGUACUGUGUCUUGAUAGUAUGGCACCUAAGACUUUCAGUAAACGGUUUAAACAUGUCUGUGGCACAAAACAUUAUUGGUUGGCCAUUUACUUGAGUGAUGCAGAAUAUACCAGUAAGGCUAUAAGUACCGUUACUGUAUCACCCAGAUUCAGGUGACUUGGCGGUGAAUUUACAUCAUGUUAUAUCAACAUGCAAACUGAAGGGAAUGCGGUGGUCCCACCUGUAUAUGGAUAUGCCAGAUGUAGGACAAUCAUAUGCAGGGUGUUGAAUAAGGGCAAGUAGCAGGUGCAGACAGCUGUCAACUGCCGUCCCCUUAGCCAGCUAUUUUGAAUAUUCUUACAGUUGAAAUCAAUAGUAAUUGUGGCAUAAUUGCUUUCAAUUCAGCCACCUACUUCGACCUCCUUCUCCAAUUCUAAAUGAAAACCCUGUAUAUGCUCCAGCAAUACGUUACCAUGUAAACUGUAGGGCAGACGUUGUUCUCAACUAAAUGUCAAUGUUUAAUCCGUAGUGAUCCCAACUCUGCGUUCUUUACCUUUAAAUAACACAUUUUGAUUUUAGAUGAUUGUUUUCCCAGAAAUUUUUAAAAGAAAAAUGAAUGACAAGGUUUCAAAAUCUUUUGAUUCAUCUGAGAUAAGUUUGUUUUGUUUUUGAAGUAAAUGUUUGUCCUUAAUGCGAGAUGUACAUGCUGUGUUAAAAUAGAUAACUCAAUUGCUGAUUCUUACAUUUGUACAUGUAACCACAUGUAUUUGGUGCCUCUUUUAAUUAUUAUGAAUUUUACAUUGAUUUUGCCAUAAUUUUUACAACUGAAGUGGGGUUUUUUUGGUGCGUUAUCAAAGGUGUUAAAAUACAAGUUGCUUUGUGAAAUCUUUUUGACUUCUACAGUUAUAUUUGAUACCAUUCCUCUUGCCAGGUUUGUUACACGCAGGACUUAGUAGAAACAUGCUGAUGAAAUACUUGCUAUGGCCGUGCUACAUGCACCUUCAUUACACAUCGUUACACUGACCUGAAAGCUAAAAAAAAAAUCUGUCACUAAAUGGAGUGUAAAUGACUGAUUUUCAGAGCUGUGUUGAUCUUUGCAAAAGGUUUUGAGGUUUGUUUAGAAGGUAUAACUAUAUCCUACUUCAAAAAUGUUUCAGCUCAGAAAGUAAUUUCAUGUCAUUUAUUUGCUAUAUUUGCCACUAUACUGCACUUUUGGGGGGGAACAUUUUAGGUCAUGUACUAUGUAUCUCUUGCACCGCAAUAUUAUUGGUUACAAAUUACUGGUGAUUAUGCCAUUGUUUUUUUUUUUUCAUGCCUGAAUGAUCAUUAUGACAGCAGCUUCUUGCAUGGUUAAGAUAAAUGCUGUGUACAUGUUUAAAAGCGUUAGGCCAAAGCUUCAAUGCUUCAGUGGCAAGGAAUGUAAUGUUAAGUUAAAUUGACGUGGAUUAUGAUGGAUCUGACAAGGCUAUGACUUCUGUUGAACGAAGUUGAAUGUGUGGCCCAUGUCAUACCAAAAAGUAUGUGUGUACUUUAGAUUGUUUUAAUAUAGCAUGCUAUAUACAGCAUACUACAUAAGUGUGCCCACUUGGACGCAUAAAUCCUUUGAAGGAAAAGAUAUUUUCACAUCUUGGUUCAUUUUUUUUUUUUUGUAUUGAAGAUAGCAAAGAAAAUGUAUAAAAGCAUCUUUUCAGUUUCACUUCAUUCACACACCUUGUCACAUAUAGGAGGAAAACUCAGCCAACCAUGCACUCUGUAUCCUGUCAAGGAAAAAUGUCGCACAUUCAAGCAGGUCACUUGUAUAUCUUUUAUAGGUUCAUUAUUGGUGUAUGUUGUGACUCAUUCACACCAAACAUAUCAACAGUUGGCCACAAUCUUCUCUAUCAGUAGUCCAUCAUCAUCAGCUCCCCUGGUUCAUAUCUGGGUGAUAUCGCCACGGAAACCUCGAAUUGGGACCACAGGUCGGUCACCUUCCUGUCAAUAGGACUGUUUUUGAUUGGUGACUCAAAAUGAGGCUGUGAUUCAAGAACCAAUCUGCUACAGUCACUGCCAAUUGUAGAACAGACUGUUAUUUUGUGAUAUAUGUUACAUCUUUUUCCAUCUGAAAACUGUACGAUAUUUUCACAUAAGAUGUGCUGUUAUAAUACCAUUUGUUACAUCAUUUGCGCACACAUUGAUUUCAUGUAUACAUGACAGUGUACUUACAAUCAUCAUAGUCAGCUGAACAUCGUGUGAAAGACGUGGGAUAUACAAGUACAUAAAGGAACUACAGUGUCCCAUAUAUUAACCGUCACUGUGAUUACUUGUCAUAGGCACUGUACAGUUGUUUAAACCAUUUUGUAGGUAAAGUGUGAUUUUUGUACAGCCCACAGUUUGUAUCUAUAGGCCUGGUAUCAGGAUGAAGUAUUAUGGGGUGUAAAGCUCAGUUGAACGCCCAGUUUGGGUUAUGAAAUGGCUGAUGAGCCUGUGUGAAAACCAAGGAGCAAAGUGCUGAGUCAGUUGUUCUCUUGAAGAAUCAUUAUGCCAGGAGCAAGGUGCGGAGUAAGCUGUUCCCAUGAGGAAUCAUUAACCAAGGAGCAACAUGCUGACUCAGCUGCUCUCGUACGAAAUCAUUAACCCAGGAGCAAGGUGCUGACUCAGCUGUUCUCAUAAGAAAUCAUUAACCUGGGAACAAGGUGCUGACUCGGCUGUUCUCAUGAGGAAACAUUAACCCAGGAGCAAGGUGUUGAUUCCGCUGUCCUCAUGAGAAAUCAUUAAUCCAUGAACAACCUGCUGACGCAGCUGUUCUCAUGAGGAAACAUUAACCCAGGAGCAAGGUGCUGAGUAACAGUUUGCUGUUCUCAUGAAAAAAGAUUAGCGUAUGAGCAAGGUUCUGACUUAGUUUUGAUCAGAAAUAUUAACCAAGGAGCAUGGUGCUGAGUCAGCUGUCUUCAUGAGAAUCACUUACUUAAGAGCAUGAGAGACCAUUUAUUCCAACUUUUAUUGUAGGUAUCAGAUUUAGUCAGUUAUGUGUAUAAAAAAAAACAAGUCCCUUAUGGUUGACCUCUACCUGUUCGUACCUCACCUUGCUUGUAUAUUAAUGCAUUAGGAACGUAUGAAGCAUCACUUGGUACUACAUGUAGCAUGCCUCUAACCUUGUACUCGAUAAGUUCUAGACAUUAACUGUAUUUGCUGUACUGUUUUGCCCAUUACAUAGUUGGUGUCAAAGCAUUUUUAUCAUGGUUUUCAACCAGGCCUGCUUGAUUCAGAGCAGCAUAAUUCUUACCGGUACUGGAAUAAUUUUGCAUAAUCUUAAUUAAAUUUAACAGUAAGAAUUAAUUUUUAUUGACUGAUUUUUUGCCCACAUUUUGCACACCUUGAUAACCAAAAAUUACAAGAAGAAUUUUUGCAAUUACUUUGAUCAGCUUUCAUUUGAUUAAAGUGUAGGAAUAAAAACUUUUGGAUAUUUGUUUUACAUCUUCACACAGUGAGCAUUACAGGAUUGAGAAAUGUUUCAGAACUGGAAGGAUGUUAUACCAAAUCUCUACUAAAACUUUUUGUGGACAAACAAGCAUGGAAGGUCCAUGACUAUAUAUGGUUGUUGUGUUUUUUUCAUUCUCUUUAACUAGUUUCCAUUUUCAUAAUUGUGUUGGGUUUUGUUGAUACAGUGGUGUAAGAUUUUCUGUUUACAGACCUUCAGAUCCAAGGGAAAUAAACUACAGUCAUUCCUCUUUUAUUUGAAGGUGUGGUACAUACACUCAAAUCAUAAUGAUGUGCAUAAUGCAUAUUUUCAGGUUUCUAUGUAAAUGACAUGUUUUAAUGAAAUGCACAUGUGCAGUUAUACGGAAGUGUUGCUGUUAUGUUAUUUAACGCACCAAAUGCCACCACUUUCUGGCCAAAAACCGAUGGAGCAGCACAAAACUUUUUUUUUUUUUUAUAUCUUCAAUUUUUGAUUCGGUUUUUUAUUAGAAAUUUCCUGACUAUCUGCUGUAAAAACUAUCCUUAUGCAGGAUGGAAUAAUUAUACCUCCCAUCUGUAAUUGAGUAAUGCUUUUUUAUGUUUUCUAUAACUUUUUAUACCUCUUUUUAAUAUUGUAUAUUCAUGACGCUUUAGAAAAUUAUUCUGCUAAAUAACUUGAUGACAUUGGAUGACCACAGUUUCAAGGGGUUUCUGAAGGAGGGUGGUUAUACUCUUAAAUUUUUUUCAAUUUCAAUAUUUCUUGAAUACUGGCUGUAUUGAAAUAGUUUGUGCUGUACUCAGUUAGGCCAACUGGUACACAUACUAAACCAUUGUCAUGAUUCCCUUUGCAUAUCUUUAUGAUGUUUAUUCUGGUGUAGUCACCUGUUUUAUCAUUCGGUAUAGGUGUACAGGUAUGAAAUAAUUUGUAACUAAAUAAGGCAACCAGUACAAUAAGUGACACCCUUAAAUAUAUCAUUUUACAGGGGGAGGUAACUCCUAGGCUCUGUUCCUAUCUGAAAUCCACAGUGUAAAUAGUUAUGAACUGAGUGACCCAAUUAAACUAUCAGAAUUUUUAUGACACACAGAGGUCAGUUUUCAAACCUCCCAUUUCAGAGGGAGAUGUAUAUUGUUCUGUGUAUAUACAGUAUAAAUAUUUGAAGUUUUAUUUUCCGAUGAAAUGGAUGCACUGUAAAUGUAUAUGAAUGUGUGGUCGGAGAGUUGCUAUGUUCCAGUAAUGUUAUUCUUGUAGUUAGUGUUCGGCAGAAUUGUUGUGGUCAGGGCAAAAUGUUAUGUGAAAUUCAAGGGUGUGGCUGUCAGUGUUACUAUAUUAUGAAAACAAAUGUUGGGUCAUAUUGCUACUACUGGACCGAUUUUUUUUAUUUUAAUUUGUGCGAUUUUUUUUAUUUCACAUUGAAACCUGUCUAGUGCAUUAUUGGCACAAAAUAUUUGGAGGAUGCUUUUAAAGCUGUCAGUUUUAAUAUUUGAAAAUCAUCAGUUGUGGGAUGUGCCUUAGGGUUAGUCAUUAUAAGUUUCUUCACCAAGACUAUUAUUAUGAAAUUGGCUUACAUGUACUUUACUCUGUUGUGUUAUACUUCACAAAAGCUUGUCAAACAGGUGCAUAUUUGCAUACAUAGCCCUUCCAUAAACACAAUCCACUGCUUCAGUCUUCUGUUAAGGUUACAAUGAGAGUGCUUUUUUAAUAGUCUGAAAAUGUAAAAUAUAUGUAAAUGCAAACAAAAUGCACAAUAUCUGAAAUUGAGAAGCACAAAAACCAAGUGCCAUGACUUAAACUCUUAAGAGUUGUAAUAAUGAUUUGUUAUAGUUAAUUACUGUAGUUAUGAAUCCUGAUAGCACACUGUUUUUCGGGGAGAUAUCCUGUAGUUUGCACAAGUUACUUCAGCACUGUCUGUAGUUAUGAACAGAAGUUCUAGAUAUAUACACGUGUAAA